CCGCGCCCGGCAUUCAGGUGUUUGGGCCCGCAGCCGUCUCACCCCCACCCCCUCACGCCCACGCCAACGCCCACGCCCACCACACCCACAGCACGCCCCCGCCACGCCCAAAAUGGAGUGACCGGGCCAGUAUUGCAUCCACGCUCGGGGGAGAGGCGGAGCGACAGGAUGGGCUUGGGCGCCAUCCGUGAGUGGCUGACACAAUGCCGGGAGUCGCGCAAGCUUAUUCUGGUCAUCGUGGCCAUCGCCCUCCUCCUCGACAACAUGCUCCUCACCACCGUUGUGCCCAUCAUUCCCAAGUACCUCUACCAGCUGCAUCACCCCAACUCCACGGCGCCCGCCCCCCCUGAGACGACCCCGCACCCCACCACCACCACCACCGCCCCCCCCACCACCACCAUCGACGCCGCCAUCGCUCACGCCCACAUCCCUGAAGGACCUAACCGCUGUCCGUGCCGCGAGGAGGGGGGGCAGGGGGGGGCGGGGGGCGGGGGGCUACACCCCUCCCGCCUUCCCUUCCCCUUCGACACAGGCCAGGACGGCAGACUGACGAGCCCCGCCAUGGAAUUCCUGAAAAACGCCUCGAUUGCCAACAAGCCCCCGCCGCCGCCGCCGCCUCUGUCCUCCGCCGCCGCCCCCGCGCCCACCGAGGGGGGAGGAGGGGGGCAACGGUACGUCAAGAUGAACCACGAGGACCUGGUCAACGAGAACGUGGAGGUGGGCCUGCUCUUCUGCUCCAAGGCGGUGGUGCAGCUCAUCACCAACCCCUUCAUCGGACCACUCACGCACAGGAUUGGCUACAGUCUGCCCAUGUUUGCCGGCUUCGUCAUCAUGUUCCUCUCCACACUGAUCUUCGCGUUCGGCAGUAGCUACCUGGUGCUGUUCAUCGCCAGGGCUGUGCAGGGCAUCGGCUCAUCCUGCUCCUCGGUGUCAGGCAUGGGCAUGUUGGCUGAGCGGUACCCUGACGACAAGGAGCGCGGCAACGCCAUGGGCAUCGCGCUGGGCGGCCUGGCCCUGGGCGUGCUGAUCGGCCCUCCCUUCGGCGGCGUCAUGUUCCAGUUCGUGGGCAAGACGGCGCCCUUCCUCAUCCUGGCGGUGCUGGCGCUGGGCGACGGACUCCUGCAGCUCCUCGUCCUGCAGCCUGCCAUCAAGAAGCAGGAGGAUGAGGCGCCCACUCUUGUCGAGCUCAUCAGUGACCCCUACAUCGUCAUUGCGGCAGGCGCCAUCACCUUCGCCAACAUGGGCAUCGGUAUGUUGGAACCGUCACUGCCGCUGUGGAUGAUGGACACGAUGGACGCACCGGAGUGGCAGCUGGGCAUCGUGUUCAUCCCCGCCUCCAUCUCCUACCUGAUCGGCACCAACCUCUUCGGCCCGCUCGGACACCUCAUGGGGCGAUGGCUGGCCUCCCUGCUCGGCCUCUUCGUCAUUGGGAUCUGCUUGAUGAGCAUCCCGUCGGCCACGCAGAUCAACCACCUGAUUGCACCCAACGCCGGCCUGGGCUUCGCCAUCGGCAUGGUGGACUCCUCCAUGAUGCCGGAGCUCGGCUACCUCGUCGACCUGCGACACUCAGCGGUCUACGGCUCCGUCUACUCCAUCGGCGACGUGGCCUUCUGCCUCGGCUUCGCUAUCGGCCCCGCCCUGUCCGGCACGCUGGUCCAGACGUUCGGCUUCAAGUGGAUGUUGUACGGCGUAGCGAUCAUCAACUUCCUGUACGCGCCCUUCAUGUACUGCCUCAAGUCCCCGCCCGCCAAGGAGGGCGAGCAGCAGGGGUUGAUCUACGGAGAGAAGUCCUCGGUUCGCUACGUGACUUACAAGAAUGAGGAAGAGGAGUAAGAACACGACGCCAACACAACCGAGACAGGAAUAAGACGAAAGGAGGACAAGAGGUAGACAAGGGGAAGACGAGAACUAAAACUAGGAGAAUAAAUAGCAAGAACAAAAAUAAGAAGAACAAGAAAAAAACAAGAAAAAAAAAGGAAGAAAGGAUAGCACGUCACCAGGAAGUUCGGCCACAAGAGCAACUAGAACUGGUGACUCUACUCUGCACCACACGCUCAACUCCAAGCUAAGAUCAGACAUAUUUCAAACAGUGUUCAAUAUAACUUCUCUUUCUUCUCCACCCAGGCAGCAUUAGGAAGACAAAGUGGUAUGUACAUUCAAAGGAGGUUUACAUGUUAUCGUGUGUGUUUAAUUGCUGUGCGCGGAAGUUCUUGAAUGUCGGAAGCAAAGUCGAAAUUAUUAAAGUCGUAAAAUUAAGGAAGCAAAAGUGAAAAAGAGAAAUAACUGGGUUUGAAAAUGUACGGAAAGCGUGAAGUCGUGAAAUGAGGGAAACGAGAAAGUGAAAAUAAUAAAUAGUUGGGGUUUAAGAAUAUUGUGAAAUUACAGUCAUGACGCGAAAGACUCGAAAAAGAAAUCCAAGUAAUCAGUCUUUUUAAUUAUAGUAAUGUUCCAACGUGAAGAAAUCAAGGAAAAGAAAUUAAAAAAGAAAUUGGUUAAAAAAAAUUACUGAAACUAGAAACCCAUAAAACCAAAUACGACUCAAAAUGAAAGUAUAAGGCGUUAGAGAAAAAAAAAUGGCGAAAUGAGAAACUCUUGACACUAUGAAUAUAAUUAGUGAAAAAAUGCGUUUCAGAAAAAGUUAAAAAGGGAUGCUGAAAAAUAGAGGAGAAAACGAAAAAUAGAAUUAAGAUAUUACGUAAAUUUUACAAAAAAUCUUUAUGAAGACUUGAUUAAUUAUGAUUCAUUAGAGAAGGGAGGAAGAGCUGGACGAAAGAUGAAUAUGAGAAAAAUGGAAAAGAAGAGACAUUAAUAGAAGGAGAGUUAAAGAAAUGAGAGAUGAUCCAAUCGAAUUCAAUACAAAAUGGUGGCGAGAAAAGAAAAGGAAAAAAAGGAAAUUGUGAAGAUUUAAGAAAGAAAAGUCAUGAAAAAUCGAGAACAUAAUAAUAAUAAUAAUAAUAAUAAUAAUAAUAAUAAUAAUAAUAAUAAUAAUAAUAAUAAUAAUAAUAAUAAUAAUAAUAAUAAUAAUAAUAAUAAAAGGACACUUUUUUUCUGGACUAUAAAAUUCAUCUAAACGAACUGUAGACUAUAGAGAAAAAGUAUACACCUAAAAAGAGAAGCAUAGUUCCCCCCCAAUAAAGGGUAACUGGACUAAAAAAAGGCUAGACUGCAAAAAAAGUUAAGUAGACGAAAAAAUGUUAAGUAGAAUGAAAGAAAAUAAAUGAAUGAUCUAAAAAAAACUAACACUAUAAAAAAUAACAAGGCAAGAAGGUUAACUGACUCCAAAAUAGAUUAACGUAAAUUUAAAAUAAUAAUAUCGAUUUCAAAAACAUGAGUAACUGUAUUGAAAAAAACCCACUAGACAAGAAAUGGACUUAAAAUGUUAAUUAAAACUAAAAAUAAAUAACAAAACUUCAAAUGAAUAACAAUCUGAAAAAUAAACACUAGACAAGAAAUGGACUUAGAAUGUUAGCUAAAACUAAAGAUAAAUGACAAAACUUCAAAUAAAUAAGAAACUAAAAAAAAAAUGGACGAAAAAAAGAUUAACUAGACUAUAAAAUAAACUCACGGAAUCCUCCCCCCCAAAAAAUAAGGUUCUAAAAGAUAAAAAUCGGUACAACAAAAAACAAUAAGCACAAAAAACAAGAUUUCAAAAACAACAAAACCCAAAAAUCAGCAAUUCAGAAAAAAUAACAACAAAAAAUAACACGGCUUCAGAAAACGUCCAACAGCUAAACUUUCUCGACUUUCACUUUCACGAGUAACUUCAGGACGUUCCUCUCACCUGGACGCCCUAAGCCUCACCUGACUCGCCGUUUACCUGCCACUAAUUAACCAUCGACAGGUGACUCGCCUUACCUGUGACUCACCUAACAUGACCUGACUCUCGUUCGGCUGACUCAGGGAAAUUAUUAUACCGCGACUUUCUUUCCCUGAGUCAGUGAAGAGACGUCGCUUAUGACUCACCGAGAGCUCUUCCUGACUCACACGGAGCUCUCUAGUGACUCAGAAGCGUUGUAGCGUAGCCGUAUAGUCGUGACUCAGGCGCCUUCAAGCUGACUCACCAUCAGACCGUUGCAUGUGAAUGAGAAGCGGAACAACGCGAAACAAACGGACUAAACACGAACUUAUCUUGACAAACUAAACAGCAAGGCAAAUGGAGGUAGAAAUUGUGGUUGAGAAAUUGAACUUAACAAAACGCAAAACAAUGCUGACAAACUCCAGCGAAAGGCAAACGGAAGCAGAAAUUGUGUUGCACCUAAAUGAGAAGCUAAAAAAGAUGGGAAUUAAUGAACUUGACAAACUAGAAAAAAAAAAUAACGGAAGCAGAAAUUGUGUUGCAUCUUAAUGAGAAGCUGAAAGAUGUGAAAUAAUAAACUUGACAAAAAAAAAGAACGGAAGCAGAAAUUUUUAGUGUUGUAUAUAAUCGAGAAGCGCAAAAGAAGCGAAAUAAUCUAAUGAGCUAAUUCAAAAGCGAUAAGAUAAGAAAAAUAAUAUUGAAUGUUUUUCACUUUUUGACAAGACAUUAAAUUAAUUGACAAACAAAAUCGAAAAGCCAAAUACAAAAAGCAAAAUUAUCUUGACAAGGUAUGGGAGGAAUGUACAAAAUCUAUUCAAAAGCGAAGAGAUAAAGAUAAAAAAAAAGUGAUGUAUAUGGUUGAGGAAACCGAUUUGGACUUUUUAUUAAUGUGAGAAGAGGGACUUUGUGGUGACCAUUUUGACACACACACACACACACACACACACACACACACACACACACACACAGAUAUAUACUGCACACAAAAAAAUAUAGACAAAAAAACUAAAAAAAAAACGAAACUUUAGAUUUUUGAAACACACACACACACACACACACACACACACACACACACACAUACACACACACACACACACACACAUAUAUACACACACAAAAAAAGCUAUAGAUAACAAACACAAACACUCACACAGGACACUACCCAACACACUAUAGAUGGCUAAAACGUAAAAAAAAAAAACAAUUAAAACAGAUUAUACCUAUAGACGAUUAAAACACAUACACACAAACAAACAAAGGAAAACUAUAGACUCCUGAAACACACAAACUCACAAACACAGAAAAAAAACAAGAGACACUCGUAGAAUCGCUUUGUACGUAGAGUUAGAUGCUGUACAAAGAUGUUAAGGCCCAUGGGAGGGGGGGAGGGGGGGGGAAGGGGGAGCUGCCAUUAGUGACUGACUGGUUUGUAAUUUUUUUUUGUCAGACCAUCGACUUGAUUAUUAAGGGAAGCACUCGUUACAGACCUCUUAGUUACUGGUGGUUUACACGCUCUCUCUCUCUCUCUCUCUCUCUCUCUCUCUCUCUCUCUCUCUCUCUCUCUCUCUCUCUCUCUCUCUC